AUGAAUUACAGUAACAGCGAGGAUGCAGUGAGAGUACAGCGAGGAUUGUUUUCUGCGGAAACGUGUGACACGUGUUCCAGCAGAGUUGCAGCUGCCACUGUUGAAACAAGAAACUCACAAAACCUCUUUUCUUCGUCGUCUUUACUCUCGCUCCUACUUAUCCGUCUCGCUGCUGGCUGUAAUCGGACAGCCUAUCGUGGUCGGUGUGUUACUGGGGGCCGCUUGUAUUACCUGUGCCGGCCAGGACACUUUCCCUUUUACCCAGUGCUUAUCUGUCACAUGGUAACCGAUGUCCCUUGCAGAGACGGUGUUCUUCAUUGGAUCGAGUGA